AUGACCCUUUCAUUUUGCUGUUGUCUUAAACGUGAUCGUGCUACAUACAGUGUUUCGUCGAAUAAUGGAAAUGUAACUUCGAUACCAACGACAACAACUGUCACAUUAGCACCUCUUCCAGUGUCAUCUGAUGUUUCGAUUGUUCCAUUAGAAUCACAUUACGAAAAAAUCAUUGGUUCGUCAGGUGAUGGUGAAAUACGUGUCGGCGGUGAUUAUCGAGAUUCAACUGCAUCUAUGGAGUAUGGCGGGUAUACAAAACUAACACCGAUUCGAUCACAACAACAAUCAUUUGACGAUGAUACACAACUUUAUGCAACUGUUGAUAAGACAAGAACGGGCGCAAGUGGUGGCAUUCGAACUACACCCAAUACCACAGCUGCAAUUGCUGCUGCUCUUCGACAAGGUUCAUCACCAGCAUCGACGACGGCUUCCUCAUCUCCACAAGCGAUAUUUUCUCCAAGUUCACAUCUAACGGGUUAUACGAUGACUUCACAAGCUCCACCAGAACACCCACCUCCACCUCCUCCUCCCCCACCACCUUUACCUCCACUUCUACCUCAAGUCUACGGAAAUCCAAUUGUAAAUAGUAAUGAUUCUAGUCGUCGUCCUCACUAUGAUGAAGUUAUCACACGUGAAUCAUUACAAUACCGCGCUCAACGUUUACAAAUGGAAGAACAACAGCAACAACAAAUGCGUGAAAACUAUUAUUCAUCUGUAAAUAGUGAACGAGGUACAACCACUGGCAGUGAUCUUUAUGCCGAAAUAGCCAAUGGAAGUGCCUCGGGUACAGUACAUCCCAAUCCUCAAUCCCACUACUAUUCUCGACCGACAGCUGGCAGUGGAAUAGGUGAUGAUUUGUCCGAACGAUAUGCUACUGUUAUUGAAACAAUUGAACAACAACCAACUACGAAUCGUAUCUACCAAGAAGUUGAUACGAUGAAACUUUAA